AUGUUUUCUGGGAAAGAUGCCGCAAAUGCUGCAUAUCCCACACAAUGGGCCUUAAACCCCACUGCAUAUCAAAAUAUAGAUUCUAGUCAAGUAGAUUGGGCUGCGCUAGCACAACAAUGGAUUGCCAUGAAAGAAGCUGCUGUUGUCACUGGACCACCAGCGAAGCCCGACGUAGAAGAGGGCGAAGCGCCCAUGGAAGUAGAAAACCCGGACGCUAAUUGUGAAGCACCUGUCACUCCUGAUCCAGAUUGGAGUGCAUCACCAAAUACUUGGGGAGGCUCUUGGAACCAAUGGGGAUGGGGCUGGCCAGGGGCAGGCCCCGUGGAUCCAAAGUUGGGUGGAGAUCCAGCAAUUGCUAUGGCACCGAUUAUGGAUGGAUACCCUGUACCAGAAGGAACUGCUCCUUUACCUGGAUAUUCUACGGGAACGGUGUCAGGCCCCACCUUCCAACACGGGUAUUGGACAGCUCCCCAAGCGGAAAACGAUAGGAGCGGCCGCAGUCGCGAGAGGCGCUCCAAGAGCAAGAAUAGAGAUGGCAAACCUACCAGGAGUAGAUCACAAAGCAUGGCUUGUUCCAGAGAAAAACCCCCAAUGAUCCCGCCAGUCAUAGAACCUAUAGUAAUGCCCACUCCAAUGGCGACGUCGACUAUAGACGCCGCCAAGAGACGGCAACUACCUGCGUGGAUUCGAGAAGGUUUAGAGAAAAUGGAACGAGAAAAGCAGAAAGCAAUAGAGCGGGAACAAGAGAAGAAGGCACGAGAAGAGGCGGAGUUAGAGAAGAAGAGGUUAGAGGAAGAAGAGUUGGAGAGGUUAAGAGCUGAGGCGGGCGGGCAACCGAUGCUGCCUGCGAAGAGCAAAUUUGACUCGGACUCCGAGGGCUCGCAGUCGGGCGCGGAGGCGGCGGAGGGGGACGCGUCGCCGCUGCUCAAGAAGACGCGUGACGAGAUUAUGCAAGAAGUGAUGAUAGCAGUACGGCGGUCGCUAACAGAGAUCCUGCUGGAAGUGACGGACCACGAGAUCCAAACGGUGAGCCAAGAAGAGCUGGCGCGGUAUAACAGCGCACAAGCGUCGCGAAUCAACGCGUUGAAGGCGAGCAGGUCCAAGGCGCUCGCGUCCAUCGCCAGCGGACUCGGACUCGGCGCGUACGAGAGCAGCGAUGAUAGCAACGAGGACGAACCAAACGACGUCUCCGAUCAACAACUUCAGGAAAUUAUAAAGCGCAAGAGGUUAGAAUUCGAACGAACAUCGCGGGAGAUUGAAGCAGAGGUUCGAAAGGCAGAGUUGAAAGAGAGUGAAGAAGUUGUCGCCACUCCGGCAAAUAUUACGCCAGAGCGGCCACGGAGAUCACGAUCGUCGGCAACGCCUCCGCCAGUCGAGAGUGAAACACCAGAGAAAAAAAUCGAACAUCGACCAUCUAAAGAUAAAAGACUAAAUAAUAAAAUAACAGAUAAAGUUGACGGUAAAAAACUAGAUACCAUCCAGGAAGAGAAUUCAAAGAAAUCUAAUAAGCAUGAUAAUACUCCAAGCCCCCAAAAAUCUAACAAACCUAGUAAAGAAAGUACAAAUUCGAGUUCAAGCGACUCCGAAGACGAUUCGUCAUCCAGCCAAAGCAAAUCGUCUUCAGAGAGCGAACCCGAAGUUGUAAAAGUCGAGAACAGUCGACCUAAAAAACGCAAACGCAAGAGCUCGAGCUCGAGUGAAUCACAAAAGAAAUCUAAGAAACACAAAAAGGAAAAAUACAAACCGACCGACAAACAUUAUUCCAGAUCAAAGCACCAAGAGGAGUACGAGAAACCGGAAAAGACCAAGUCCAAGAAACGGGACGAAUACUACGACAAACAUAAGUCCAGGAGCCGCGAGUACUCGCACAAAGACAAGUAUAGGGACGACUCGGACGACGACCGGCCGAGGAGGCGUUCGAAACGUUCCCGUUCAAUUAGUUACGAAUCGCGUUCCGGGCGACGGAAAAGUAGAGAUCGCUCCGAAGACAGAUCUCGUAGGCGGACGACCGGCACGAGAGCUACUCCCGCCAUCGCCGAUGAACAGCAGGUUACAAAUCGCACAGGUGGUUCCUGUGGC